AUGAUCAAGGACUUCGAUAGGAGAGCAAUGCUCCACCUCCCACAUCCGAAUGUCACCUUCGUUUUCUUCUAUCAGGAAGUGGAAUUGAGGCCAAUUGAGGCCCGCCGGGUCGGCCGAGAACUUCCUUGCAAAUUGGUGGGCGAAACUAUCGGGGGAGUCAUGGUUAAUGGUGUGCCUACCUUACCCAACAACCAUCAAGCGUAUCAUGAUGUUAGCUUAAUCACCCGACAAGGAAGAUUUUCGAAUUCGGGACCUUUACUUGAUCGCCUUCAAGAGAUAAAACGAAAGAUGGCAUUAGAUGAAAGCGUCGAGGAGUGA